CUUUGAACUCAAUAUUCAUCGACAGCCGUGUAUCAUUAAAUCGUGAUGAGUACAACUCCAGCGACAUGGCGUCGCUUCGAGACUCCAGAAGGAAGACCAUACUACUUCAACGCGACAACGAAUCAAACCGUAUGGAAUCGGCCAGACGGUUACCAUCCUUGGAAAGAACAUACGCAUAGCGACGGUCGAAAGUAUUAUCACAAUGAAGAGACAAAAGAGACGAAAUGGGAGAUGCCCGCCGAAAUGCGAGGCUCUGCUCCAGUACAAAGCUCCUUACCACCGCGACCAACUGCUGCUGCCCCAACCUUUGUAGCUGGUGGUACCUCCAUGCCAUCGUAUGAGCCACGCGAACGCGACCGCGACCGCGACCGCGAUCGAGAUCGCGACGAUUAUCCGCGUGAUAGGAUGGGUCAUGACAGACAGUCAAUGUACCCUUCUUCAAACAAUGCACCGUAUGGAUCACAACCUGAACAAGAUUAUGCUACAAUCGAAGAGGCGGAAGCGGCCUUGUUCAAGCUCUUUAAGCGCGUCGGUGUACAAGCGGAUUGGACAUGGGAGGCCACCAUGAAAGCUACAAUAAAGGACCCGCAGUUCCGAGCAGUGAAAGAUCCAAAAGACAGGAAGCUUGCGUUUGAAAAAUACGUCAUCGAUCUGCGCGCGCAGGAGAAAGACAAGGAGCGGGACCGACUUGCUAAGCUACGUACAGACUUCAAUAAUAUGCUCAAGAGUCACCCUGAAAUCAAGCAUUACUCCCGAUGGAAGACUGUUCAGCCAAUCAUUGCAGGCGAGACUAUCUAUAGAUCUGCAAAAAGCGACGAAGAGCGCAGACAGCUUUUCGAGGAGUACAUCGUAGAGCUGAAGAAGGCACAUAAGGAGCGCGAGGUCUCAAACCGCUCGGCAGCUUUGGAGCAAAUGGCCAACGACCUUAGUGCACUGGACCUUGAACCCUACACUCGCUGGAAGGAAGCCGAGAGCAUCAUACUGUCCACAGAAAAGUUCCAGAAUGAUGAGAAAUUCAAGGAUAUGACGAAACUUGACGUCUUGAAGACCUUUGAAAAUCAUAUCAAGUCUCUCGAGCGAAAGUUUAACGACGCUCGACAAAAAGACAAGAAUCUCAAAACACGAAAGGACCGCACCAACCGCGAUCAUUUUAUUGAUCUUCUGGAAGGUCUCCGCAGUGAAGGGAAGAUCAAUGCCGAGACGAGAUGGAUGGAAGUACAUGAAUAUAUCAAAGACGACCCCCGCUAUAAAGCAAUGCUCGGUCAGUCAGGAUCUACUCCCCUGGAUCUGUUUUGGGACAUGAUUCAGAGAGAAGAGGAGUCACUCAAAGACAAGAAACAUGACGUUGACAGUGCCCUUGGGAACUUCCAAAUAACCUCUAAGACAUCCCUCGAGGAAUAUAUGGACGUUGUGCGACGUGACCGCAAGACCUCUGGCAUGAAUUACGACACUCUCAAGAUUAUAUUCAAGAGGUUGCAGGAUAAGUCCCGGAAGCGUGAUGAAGAUGACCGGCACUAUGCUGAUCGUCAUCAGCGCAAAGCCGUUGAGGCUCUGCGAUCCAAAAUCAAGCGUCUCGAGCCUCCUGUCACUCUUGAUGACGCGUGGGAGAAGGUACGUCUACGUUUAGAGAAGUAUGAAGAGUACCAUGCUAUCGAUUCUGAUGAACUACGCCGAUCUGCGUUUGACAAACAUAUCGUUCGUCUCAAGGAAAGGAUGGAAGACGAUAGAGAUCGCCGAGAGAGAGAUCGCAGCCGCCGUAACGACAGGGAAAAGGAUCGUGAACGGCCCCGUGAGCGCGAUCGAGAUCACCGUAAUGGCCACUCUGGGCGCCAUCGCAGCCGAACCCCAGAAUCUGACCCCUACGAAGCCGACCGCAGGAAAGCACAAGCCGAUCGUGAAAAGCAGUAUCGGAAGUCAAGUCUGGGAUUGUCGCCACCUCCAUACAGGAACAGAGAUCGGGACGAGCGUGACAAAUACGACAGAAGGUCAGUCGCCCAGAGCCACUAUGAGCGAGAGAGGCGGGAGCGAGAGGCAGAGCGGGAGCGUUCGUACGUGAGUCGUGUAGAUCCUCGUGAAAGAGGCAGUGAGCUCGACUACGGAGACAGCAGACCUGGAAGUGUACGACGACGCAGAGAGAGUGAUACGGAGAGCCUUGGAAGUCGAAGGGAUAUAAAGCGCAACAAACGCGACCGAAGAUCGCCCUCGCCACGCAAGACGAAGUCGCCUCCGCCGGAACCCGUCCCGGCAAAGGAAGAUCCAGGCCUUCGUUCCGGCAGUGAGGAAGGAGAAAUCGAGGAAGAUUAAGCCGCCGAUGACGGUAUGUUCUGCCGAGUCUACGGACAGUCAUCUCACCGCAACGGUAGUUUUCAGUACAUGACCAACGGCUUUGAGCGAUUUCGGACACCACCACGUUUGCACACACACACACAGCCCCCCCUUGUACGGUUUUCAUUUCACAAUUGACAGCAGCUCUCGGUUCACACAAAACUCGGUACGUCCCAUAUCUGAGGUUCUUAAUCACGGAUUCGCUUCACAAUAGCACAGCAUUGCUUCGGUGUGAAGCGUAACAUAAGUCCAGCUUUUAGCAGCACUCUGAAACAUGCACGCUCGUCUGGAAGCACUAGUAGGCCCGUUUUGCUCUUAAAAAUCACGAAAAUGUAAUAUAUUUAUUGCCAGUUUCAUCAUCG